UCACAUUGAGUCGAAAGUCGAACGAACUUAACGACCGUCAUCUGAAAGCCCUUAUAGUUAUAGAAUUUUAAGUUGCAACAUCUGAGUACUGUAUUAGUAGUAUUAUACUGAAGACUUAUUCUUCAGUUCAGUUUGUGCCACUUGAUAUUUAUACGCCAUAAUUCAAUAAUUAUUAUGAUUCUCCAAGAACAGAUUCAAAUACUGUUCGAUAACAAACUUUUUACAAAUAUUGUUGCGCUGGCUCCAAUGGUUCUUUCAGCAAAUGACAACAAUCCUGAGCUCUUAUCCCCUUCAAGUGUAGCUCAGACAAUGGUAUAUCUAGCAGAUUCAUUCCUUGAGCAGAAGGAAUAUGGUAAAGCGGAAGCCUAUUAUAGAAAAGCCCUAGAUUUACGGAAAACCAUAUCCAAGCAAAGAGGACUAGGAAGCAGUGCUGCCAAGGAACUUUCUGCAGAGACAGAGAUUCGCUAUCAGAUGCACAUUUGUCACCUUGCUUUGAAACAACCAGUACAAGCUUUACUGGUAUUGCAAGGCAUCCCAGCCAAACUACGCUCUGUUAAGGUUAAUAUGGCCUUGGGUAAAUUGUAUGUAAUGAAUGGACUUGAGCGCCCAGCCAUAUCUGCAUUCAAAGAAGUAAUUCGUGAAUGCCCAUUGGCCCUUGAGGCCAUACUAGCUUUAAUUAAACUUGGGGUUAGCUAUGUUGAACUUUUACGUUUGAUUUUUAAUGGAAGCCCAUCAAACAAUUUAGAUUGGAUUGCUCAGUGGAUCAAAGGGCAGUGCCACCUUCAUUCUUGUGAAUAUCUUAGUGCUUCUACCAUAUUUUGCCACCUGCAAGAUGCAUCAUUACUAAAAGAUGAUGUGACAAACUUGAUCUCACAAGGAACAACUUUUUUUUUGGCCGGUGAUUUUACUAGCGCCCUUCAGCCACUUCAGCGCGCCCACGCUCUCGAUCCUCUAUCGUUAAAAGGCAUGGAUAUUUUAGCCGUCGUAUUAGCGAAUGAAAAAAAAAGUGCAGAGCUUGAAGCGCUUGCGCUCAAGCUCAUCUCCGUUUCCGAUUCCAGUUUCGAGUCGUGGGUAGCAAUGGGAUACCAUUAUCUUCUGUCACGAAAGCUAACCCGAGCUCUAUACCUUGCACACAAAGCAUGUACGUGUUGUACACCAUCGCCUGGUAUUGAGCCUCUUAUUCUAAAGGGAACGGUUUUACAAGAGCUGAAGAAGUGGCCAGAAGCGAUAACACAUUUCAGGGAAGGACUGCAAAUAGCGCCACAUCGAUUCGAAAUCUAUCGUGGUAUCGUUCACUGUUACUUGGCUCUUCAGCGGAGUCGAGAAGCCAUGAAUAUUGCUGCCAGCUCGCUUCAUCACAUCGGCCACACACCACGCACUUUCACGCUUUACGCAUCCGUUCUUCUAAAAGACCCAGUUACAAACGCAAAAGGCAAAGUCUUCCUUGAAAGAGCUUUGAAUAUGGGAUCCCGAUACGCGCCUGCCGUGUUUCUUUUAAUCGACUCAUACGAGCAGGCCGGUCAGAGAUCGAAAGCUAUUGAAUUGCUUAAUAAGCAAAUUAAUCAACAACCGUCAAAUCGACUACAUCAUAUAUUAGGAGACUUGCUGGUAAAAAACGGGGAGAUGGAUAAAGCUUUGGAACAGUAUAAUUCCGCGCUUAUGCUUGAGCCGAAUAAUGUGAAAACUAUGGAGGCCAUAAAUAGGCUAGAAAAUGCUUUGGUUGCGAAAUUAGAAAACCAUCUUGAUUUGGAAGCAGAUGAUAUUCCCGAUUCUGACGAAGAGCCAACCAUUGAAGAAGUUGACAUCGACCCCAUGGGCGGAAUGUGGGCCGACAUGAACUUGGAUCAGUUCAGGUAGCAUGUUCCAUGACGUAAAGUUUAAACAAAUCGCAAAUACAUUUCUUCGAGAAAGAA